AUGGGGGAUAUUCGACCUGAGGAUCCCGCCCUCUCUCCACCCAUUGCCUCGUCCGAACGCGAAGUCACUGUCCUCGUCACCGGCUUUGGUCCCUUCCUAACCGCCUUCCCCAUCAACCCCUCCUGGGAAAUCGUCCGCCGCCUCCCCCCGACCCUCACCCUCCCCCCGACCCUCACCCUCCCCUCCCACCCCUCCCCCAAACCCCCAUCUUCCACCACCACCACCCCUUCCUCCCCCGCAACCAAAAUCACCCUCCUCGCCCCCGCGCCCCCCUGCCCCCUCCGCGUCUCCUACCACCCCACCGCCGCGCUCCUCCCCUCCCUCCUCGCCGCCCACCGGCCCGACCUCGUCCUCCACGUCGGCCUCGCCGCCGGCCGCGACUUCUUCGCCAUCGAGCGCGGCGCGGCGCGCCUCGGCUACGCGCGCAACGACGACGUCGACGGCCGCCGCUGGUCCGCCAAGGAGAGCGACGCCGCGUGGCCGCCGCGACGGGAGGAGCGCGGCUUGGGGUUCCCCGAUCGUUUGGAGACGGGGUUGGGGUUUGAGGGGGUGUGGGAUAAGUGGGUGGGGGGGUGUUGUGGGGGUGGUGGUGGGGGCGUUGAGGGGGUGAGGGGGCCGGGAGAGGAGGGGAGGGGGAGCGGGAGCGGGAGGGGGGGUGAGGGUGGUGGUGGUGGUGAGAGCGGUGGCGAUGGGAAGGGGCCGCGGCGGAGGCGGAGGGAGGUGGAGAUCCGGCCGUCGGAUAAUGUGGGGAAUUAUCUGUGUGGGUUUAGCUAUUAUACCACUUUGGCGUGGUUUUGGGCGAGGGGGAAGGAGCGGGAGGAGCAGCAGUGUGGGGAGGAGGGGGAGGGGGAUGGGGAGGGGGAUGGGGAAGGGGCGCGUGUGGACGUCGAGCGGCCGGUCUUGUUUCUGCAUGUCCCGCCGUGCCCUGAGGAGGAGGAUGUGAUUCAGGGGAGGGAGAUUACGGAGGAGCUGAUUAAGGCGAUGGUUGGAUGUUACUUGGCGCAGAAGGAUAAGAAUCAGCGGGAGGGGGAGGUGUUGGCUGUGUAG